AUGCAUACUGGAAAAAUCCUUUACAAGUGUGCAACAUGUGGAAAGGAUUUCACUAAGAAAUGUGAUCUCCAAAAACACCAGAUGAUUCAUACAGAUGAAAAGCCAAAUACAUGUACCACAUGUGGUAAAGCUUUUAGAGUGGCAAGCGAUUUAAGGAGACACCAGGUGUUUCACACUGGUGAAAAGCCUUACCAAUGUGCCACAUGUGGUAAGGAUUUCACAAAAAAAUGUGAUCUCCAAAAACACCAGAGGAUUCACACCAAUGAAAAGCCUUACCUAUGUACCACAUGUGGUAAGUCCUUCAGAGAAGGAAGCAGUUUAAGGAGACACCAGAGGAUUCACACCAAUGAAAAGCCUUACCUUUGUACCACAUGCGGAAGAGCUUUUAGAGUGGCAAGCGAUUUAAGGAGACACCAGGUGAUUCACACUGGUGAAAAGCCUUACCAAUGUGCCACAUGUGGUAAGGAUUUCACAAAAAAAUGUGAUCUCCAAAAACACCAGAGGAUUCACACCAAUGAAAAGCCUUACCUAUGUACCACAUGUGGUAAGUCCUUCAGAGAAGGAAGCAGUUUAAGGAGACACCAGAGGAUUCACACCAAUGAAAAGCCUUACCAAUGUGCCACAUGUGGUAAGGCCUUUACACAGUCAGGUAAUUUAAGAAUUCACCAGAGUACCCACACUGGUGAAAAGCCUUACCUUUGUACCACAUGUGGUAAGGCCUUUACUCAGGCAGGUUAUUUAAGAAUUCACCAGAGGACCCACACUGGAGAAAAGUCAAUGUAG